AUGGUCUGUUCGAAAUGUCAGAAGAAGCUGAAAAGCACCGAACUCGCCACGCCCGGUGUCAAGAACAAGAAUGAUAUGUAUUAUGGCUCGCCAUCGACUACUUCGGGCAGUGGCUCGAAGGGCAAGUCGACACUAGGCGCGACAGGUGUGGGGAAGAAUAAACUCCUCAGCGCUAAGGCGAAGAAUCCAUACGCUGCCUAUGCUUCAUCUUGCGAAUCUUGCAAGACAAAGACAGAGCAAGGGAAGAAGUUCUGCCAGAAAUGCGCUUAUAAAAGGAAUGCGUGUCCAAUGUGCGGGAAGAAUCUUACAGGCAAAACAGCGAAAGAGCAGCCGAUUGUGCAAGGGCAGAAGUUUAACCUUACAUGA